GCGCUCGGCGCGCGCUUGUCGGAUAUCCGGUGGGAAGGGAGAAUAGGGCCGGGGGGCUGAAGAGGCUUCCCUGGCGCUCUGCGUAGGAGGAGGGGGACUCGGGAGCCAUCAUGAUUCGCUUUAUCCUGAUUCAGAACCGGGCUGGCAAAACCCGCCUGGCCAAGUGGUACAUGCAGUUUGACGAUGACGAGAAGCAAAAGCUCAUUGAGGAGGUCCACGCGGUUGUCACCGUCCGAGACGCAAAGCACACUAACUUUGUGGAGUUCCGCAACUUCAAGAUCAUCUACCGGCGCUACGCAGGGCUCUACUUCUGCAUUUGCGUGGACGUGAAUGACAACAAUUUAGCUUACCUCGAAGCCAUUCACAACUUUGUGGAGGUUUUGAACGAGUAUUUCCACAACGUCUGUGAGCUCGACCUGGUCUUCAACUUCUACAAGGUCUACACGGUGGUGGACGAGAUGUUCCUAGCCGGGGAGAUCCGGGAGACCAGCCAGACGAAAGUGCUGAAGCAGCUGCUCAUGCUGCAGUCCCUGGAAUGAGGGGGGCUUUGGCCGUCGUCUCUUCGGAUCCUGCUGCUUCCUGCCAGACCCACCUCUCUUCACCAGUGCCCCGAAUCAGGGACUCGCUCGGCGGAAACGUUGCCCCCAACCCAGAGCUGAAGGCUGGCAGGGAGGAAGCAUUUGGGGAUGGGCGUUGGUCGGGAUUUCUCCUCUGUUGCCCCCCUUGCUGCUUCAGGAGGCGGGGGGGAGAGAGCUUGCAGGUUGGGGCUGGCUUGUCUGGGGGGGGUUGAAGAGGAGAGAGCGCCUGUCUCCUCCUCCCCCCACUGCCAUUCGAUGUGCUGCUGCUCUCCACCCUCCACCUCACUGGUCUGCUGCCCCCUCCCCAUCUAGCCACCCAUGUAAAUGUGUUGUGCUGCACCUGCAGAAGAGGGACCAUAACUGUGUGUGUGUGCGCGCGAGUGUGUGUGUGGGCACCUGCACGGGCACCUGUGAUAAGUGGAUCUGAGUGGUUAAACUGCCAGUAAAGUGACGUCCUGAAAUAAACCAUCCAUCA